CUAGAGGUCCCUGUGGAGGCGACUCCAGCUACGACCAAUCAGAACGGGGAUCUGGGUCGUUACCAGGGAAACCAGGGAUUUUUACAGGAACCAACUCAAAGGCUACCGUUAUUAGCCAUUAUCUGGUUAAAAUACGUUACCAUUUAAGAUGAAAAUAGUAUAACUCAAUUUGGUGGUAGCUUUUGGUGUUUCGUGAUUUGGUAUUUUUCUUGAAUCUUUUGUCUUUUUUUUAACAAGCUAACGUCGCUGGCUGAGUUUACUGAUGCCACAUUGCCAGGCUAGUGACUGUUACAGUACGUUAGUAGCGGUUAGCUACAGAGCUAACAGAUCCCCGGCAGUUAGCUAACGUUACCUUUGCUUUCUUUCAGAUAACUUAGCUAACAUUGCUAUUUGCUAGCUAAGUUAGCUUACUAGCCUAAGUUAGCUUACUAGCCUAAAACGAAUCGCAUGGUGCUGAAUUAGAAGCUAGGAAGCUUAACUAAGUAAGUUCUAUCCCCCCAUGGCAUAUGUUUUUACGCCCUACUGACUUGAAUUCCUUUGAGGAGGAGGGUUGGCUGAUUGCCUCUGUAUGGUGUGCAGAACCUAUGUGCAGCUAGCUAGCUAGUUAAAAACAAUGGCUGGCAUUCAUGCUGAAGCAAGACAUGGGACCCUGCUGCUGGAGUAUAGCAGACACCCUGGAGGAAAGAUAACCGCCGACCUGCCUUGUUGUGAUCCGAUUGUGAAAUGAUUUGGUUAAGAAGAACAGCCCUCAGCAGCGUCCCUAGUCAAUUCAACCCGCACUGAAAAGAAGGUAUCCCCUCCCAUAUGGAUGUGUGUAAACCCAACCGUACGGCCCCAGUGAGUGAGGCUGUGCCCCGGCGGGACCUGCCUCUGUGCUCCAGGACCAACGGGUGGAGCUGGCCUCCACACCCCUUCCAGCUCCUGGCAUGGCUCCUCUACCUCUUCUUUGCUGUCACCGGGUUUGGAGUGUUUGUCCCCUUGCUUCCCUCCCACUGGAUCCCUGCUGGCUACAUCUGCACGGGCAUCACGUUUGUGUGUCACCUGUUUGUCCACCUGAUGGCGGUUUCCAUCGACCCCGCGGACUACAACGUCAGGGCCAAGAGCUACCACGGCCCCGUGCCCGUGUUCGACCGCACCAAACAUGCCCACGUCAUCGAGAACUGCCACUGCUACCUCUGUGAAGUCGACGUGGGCCCCAAAUCCAAACACUGCAGUGCCUGUAACAAGUGUGUUGCUAGCUUUGACCAUCACUGCAGGUGGCUCAACAACUGUGUGGGGAGCAGGAAUUACUGGCUCUUCCUGAACAGUGUGAUCUCUGCUCUGCUGGGUGUUUGCCUGGUGGUGGCCAUCGCCAGUUACAUCUUCAUCGAGUUCUUCUUGGAUCCCUCAAAGCUGCGCAGUGAUAAACACUUCCAAGUGAACAAUGAGACGGUGGUGUGGUUUGUUUUCCUGCCCGUGGCUCCGGUCUCCACAGCAGGUCCAGCCAUCCCUGUCCUGGCUGGCAUCACCAUCGCCCUGGGCCUGCUCUCUGCUCUGCUGCUGGGACAUCUACUCUGCUUCCACUUCUACCUCAUGUGGAACCGUCUGAAUACGUAUGAGUACAUCGUCAGACAGAGGCAUCGCCAGGAGCCCAGAGACAUCAGUAAAGGAGUACAGGGGAACCAAGCAGCGCCUCCUAAAACCAACCUCAUGAAGGACGUAAGCUACUCGGGGACGCUGGGCUAUACCAACCCUGAGAUGGACGUGGCGGAUCCUACCACCAUGGCUGCAGCGCAGGGGGGUCUAGAGUACUAUGGCAACGGCAGAGUGCAUAGUUCAUCCAGCAGGAUGGCUGAAGAGGAACAGUUACCCAGCGUCUCUACAGAGCACAGAGCUGCACCACGAAAACACAUCCAGAAGAAAAAGAAGAAAGUCCACAAAGUGCCGGCGGAGGUGAUAAACGACCGUUCCACUGAGACCAGCAGCAACAGAGACCCGGCCUUCAACACUACAGAACCUGAGUCCUGCAGUGUAACUCCAGUCCCCACGUCCGUGUCCCACCUGUCCAGCUCCCUGAGCCAGCACCUCCCUUUCCCCCUGCGGGCCUCCCUGCCCCCCCCUAGCUCCCUACAGCCUGGUCUCCAACCUGGCCCCGUGCUGCCCACCGGGCCCCCUGCUGAGUAUCACUCUGACUCUGCAGAGUCCCUGGAGGAGAUCCCCGUGGCGCUGGCACGACUGGGCACCUCCGCCAUGGCAGGGACGUCUACGGGUAGGACCGCUGCUGGAUCGUCUUCUCAACGCUCUCUACUGCUGCCUGCAGCCCGACCCCAUCCCUCGCCCCAGCCCCGGACCAAGAGAAAGACCUCCACACACAGGAGCAGGACAGGGGGAGGAGGGGAACAGAGGUUUGAGAUGGCCGCCCAGCCUCCUACCGUUUACGUUAGUAGGAGUAGUGGACAGCCGGGAGGAGGUGCACAGCACCGGGACAACAAACGCAGCAGCAGGCAGGCCAGCAGGAGAGGCCUGGAGCAGCCUGGUCCUGGGCCCAGCUCCAACCAUGGCUCCAGGGCAGGCACCCCAAUGGCGUAGACUAGCUCCCCGAGGAUGAACCACUGCACCCUGGGCCCCAGGAUGGAGCACUGCACCCUGGGCUGGACCCACCACUGGGUCCUGGCUGGAGGGCUGGCUGGCUGUGUAGCUGGCUGGCUGGCUGGCUGACUGACUGACUGACUGACUGACUGACUGGCUGUCUGGCUGGCUAGCUGGCUAUGUAACUGACUGUCUGAUUGACUGGCUGGCUAGCUGGCCGUGUAACUGGCUGACUGACUGUCUGUCUGUCUGAUUGACUGGUUGGCAGGCUAGCUGGCUGCGUAACUGGCUGGCUGGCUGAUUGUCUGACUGGCUGGCUGGCUGGCUGGCUGGCUGACUGGCUGGCUGAUUAUCUGACUGGCUGGCUGGCUGGCUAACUGUCACAUUGUUACCUUGGUGACUAGGAAACACUGCAUUUGAUAGAUAGAGAGACAAUCUCUGAUGUAGCAUUGAGUGUUGAUACAACCUAUGCAAACUAAAUAACUCAGCAGAACAGAAUGGACUGACUGUCUGUUCUGGAAGAGUCUUGAUACCACCGUCUCCACUAUUCAACUAUGACUACAUCCCCAAUGGCACCCUGUUUCCUAUAUAGUGCACUACUUUAGACCAGGGCCCAAUGGCACCAUGUUUCCUAUAUAGUGCACUACUUUAGCCCAGGGCCCAAUGGCACCCUGUUUCAUAUAUAGUGCACUACUUUAGACCAGGGCCCAAUGGCACCCUGUUUCCUAUAUAGUGCACUACUUUAGCCCAGGGCCCAAUGGCACCCUGUUUCCUAUAUAGUGCACUACUUUUUACCAGGGCCCAAUGGCACCCUGUUUCCUAUAUAAUACACUACUUUAGACCAGUGCCCAAUGGGACCCUGUUUCCUAUAUAGUGCACUACUUUAGCCCAGGGCCCAAUGGCACCCUGUUUCCUAUAUAGUGCACUACUUUAGCCCAGGGCCCAAAGGCACCCUGUUUCCUAUAUAGUGCACUACUUUAGCCCAGGGCCCUUAGAGCUAAUAGGGUUUGUAAUGCGUCCUAUAGGAUUAUAAUCCCCACAAUGCUAAAUGUUACCUGUGUUCACGUCUUCUGGUUAGUAAUCACAUAUUGUUUAUCAUCAUGUAAAACACCCAGCUUUUAGUAUUAUUAUACUCGUUGUUAUUUACUCCUAUUGAAAAGUCUUUCUGAAUGAAGAAGCCUUGGUGAUUUGUACUGGGAGUAAGAUGCAUUUUCUUUAUGCCUUCCCAGGUCUACACUUUGUAACCAAAUGUUACCUGUUAAACUUUUUAGAACUUUU